CCCCGUGCAAAUAGAGAGAGAUGCUCCGCUCACCUCUCUACUACCUCAAGCGCCCCAAACCCCUUUUAACCUCGAUCAAAGACCCUAAAACCCUAGCAAAAAUCCACGCUCUCUUAAUCCUCACUGGCUCUCUAUCCCAUCCCCAAUCCCCUGGCCAUUUGAUUGCAUCAUAUUCUCAAUUCGACGACAUUGCAACUGCCCGCCUCAUGUUUGAAACAGUUUCUCAGCCAAAAGUUUCUACCUAUAACGCUCUCAUGAUAGCCUAUUCCCGCCAUAAUUCCCCUGCCCAGGUCCUCGGCUUGCUACGUCGCGUUAGUUUGUGGCUGAUGUAGCGAGACCUGAUAGCUCACCUUCACAGUUGCACUCAAGGCUUGUGCCCAAUUAUCGGACUUGAAGUCCGGUGAGGAGAUUCGGACCCAUGCGACUAAUCUCGGCUAUGCCCAUGAUGUGUUUGUCUGCUCAUCAUUGAUCAAUUUGUAUGCAAAAUGUGGGAGAAUGGAGAAAGCGUUGGGUGUAUUUGAGGAAAUGCCCAAUAGAGACUUGGUCGUGUGGACUACUGUGAUUACGGGGUUUGUGAGUGUUGGGAAGCCGGCUGAGGCAAUUGAUGUUUAUAGGAAGAUGAGGGUGGAUGGUUUGGAUGGAGAUGAGAUCGUGAUGGUCGGCCUGGCCCAGGCCUGUGCUGGUACAGGAGACACGAUGAUGGGUCUCUCAGUUCAUGGACGUAUGAUUCGAUUAGGAAUGAGGAUGGGUGUUCUAGUGGAGACUAGUCUCGUUGACAUGUAUGCUAAGAAUGGGCUUUUGGGCCUUGCCCAUUUCAUCUUUGAUAGGAUGAAGGGCAAGAAUAUUGUCACAUGGAGCGCUUUGAUAUCCGGUUAUGCCCAUAUUGGCUUCGCUACUGAGGCUUUGGCCAUGUUGGUCGAGAUGCAAGAUUGCAGGUUCGAACCCGAUUGUGUUGCGCUCGUGAGCGCAUUGCUAGCAUGCUCACAAAUCGGGUUCUUGAAGCUAGGGAAGUCGGUGCAUGGUUUCAUUGUCAGAAGGUGCGACCUUGAAAAGAUCUCUGGUACCGCUAUAAUCGACAUGUAUUCAAAAUGCGGGAGCCCCGCCAGUGCUCGUGCUGUUUUUGACAGGAUUAGCUCAAGAGACUUGAUAUCAUGGAAUGUGAUUAUUGCUAGUUAUGGUGUUCAUGGAUGUGGCCGGGAAUCCCUCUCGCUCUUCCUUGAGAUGAAAGAAACAGGAAUUCAGCCCGAUGAUGCUACAUUUGCUUCUCUCUUAUCGGCUUUUAGUCACUCUGGGCUUGUGAAUGAAGGGAGAUACUGGUUUGGCCUCAUGGUUAGCGAAUUUGGUAUUGAGCCUGAGGAAAAGCAUUAUGCUUGUAUGGUUGAUCUUUUAGCUCGUGCUGGUCAUGUUGAUGAAGCCUAUGAGCUUAUCAAAUCCAUGGUGAUUGAACCUGGGAUUGCAGUUUGGGUCGCUCUUUUGUCUGGAUGUCAUAAUCACAAGAAAUUUAAGGUCGGGGAGAUUGUGGCUGAAAAGAUUCUUGAAUUAAAUCCCAGUGAUUUGGGGAUUCACGCUUUGAUUUCAAAUGUUUAUGCAGCAGCAAGGAAAUGGGACAAAGUAGCAGAAGUAAGACUAGCAAUGAGGAAUUUGGGGACAAGAAAAGUCCCGGGAUGUAGUUCAUUAGAAGUGAAUGGUAAGUUUCAUGGAUUUUUGAUGGAGGACAAGAACCACCCUGACUAUGAAAAGAUUAUGCAAAUGUUAGAGAGACUGAACUGUGAAACGAGGAAAUUAGGUUAUGUUCCAAGGACAGAGUUUGUGUAUCAUGACUAGAGGAGGAAUUGAAGGAGAGAAUGCUUUGCAGUCACAGUGAGAGGUCAGUCAUUGCAUUUGGGUUGUUGAAUACUGCCCCAGGGACAAGGAUUCUGAUCAUAAAGAAUCUUAGAGUUUGCGGCAAUUGUCGUGAUGCAACUAAGUUCAUCUCAAUGAUUACAAACAGGGAGAUUGUAGUAAGUGAUUAAAAAAGAUUCCAUCAUUUUAGAGAUGGAUUAUGCUUUUGUGGGGAUUAUUGGUAAAUACUUUGGAAAUUAAUCGAGCUCCUAUUGGCGGCAUUAUUGGUUAGUUGUAAUAUUUCCCAGACUAAACAAGAGGAGUUUUUUUAUGUUCUUCGAGCUCAACUUGAAGAUCAUAUAGUGAGGCUAUUUGCUAAUUAAAAGCUUGUUUGCACGGUGUUCCUGGCUAAGGAUCAACAUCUUCUAACCAUGAAAGACGCCAAACUCUGAUUAUAUUACUAAUGGCUUGCUACAUGAAGUUACUAACAGGCAGAGAUGAUGUAAAGUUUUCAUGGAUUUGAUGGAGAAUUACACGGGAUGAAGGAAAUAAAAAAGGGCCAAAUGAGUUGUCUUGAGGAAACAUAUAUAGAAAAAAAAAUUGUGGAGAUAUUGUCUUGGUACAAAGUGAAAUCAACGCAAUUUUGUAUAGGUAAGGGUUAUCCUGCUGGCUGGAGUUCAUCCAUCUUCUACUUGCUGGACUUUGAAGGCUCAUCUAGAAAAGCUUGAAGCAGGCUCUCUCAUCAGUUGUAUGUUCUCUUAUUUACUUUUCUUUCAUGCAUAAAUAGUAAAAUACUUUUGUUGUAUAGUUCUAGAGGGCUUAAUAUAUGAUUUUUGUUGUAUCAAUUUUCUAAUAUCAAGCAAGGUAUGCUUAUUAUUGACUU